AUGGCCGAUAAAAAUGUUAGAGAAAUAUGUAAAGUUUUAUUUUUGUGUAUUUCAUGGUAUGCAGUUAGUUCCACAAAUAAUGUCGUCGGUAAAACUGUACUCAAUGAGUUUCCAUAUCCUGUGACGAUGACAAUGGUUCAGUUAUUGUCUAUAACAGUUUUGAGUGGACCUGUUUUCAAUCUGUGGGGUGUCAGGAAGUAUGGGGAUAUUUCCUGGAAAUAUUAUUGGCAGCUGAUAAUUCCUCUGGCUCUUGGAAAAUUCGUGGCGUCUGUGUUUUCACAUGUAAGCAUUUGGAAAGUAUCAGUUUCAUAUGCUCAUACAGUGAAAGCUACAAUGCCUUUAUUCACUGUGAUACUGUCUAGGAUAAUAAUGGGUGAAACUCAAAGCUAUAAAGUGUACUUCAGUUUGGUACCAAUUAUAGUUGGAGUGAGUGUAGCAACAGUUACAGAACUUAGCUUUGAUGUUAUUGGAUUAGUUAGUGCUCUGGCAGCCACUGCAGGAUUUUCCCUACAACAUAUCUUCUCAAAGAAAGUUCUUCAUGAUACCAAAAUCCACCAUCUAAGGCUCUUGCACAUAUUGGGCAGACUGGCCUUCUUUAUGUUCCUACCUAUAUGGAUUUAUCUAGAUCUGUCUAAUUUACUGGCUGAUAAGUCAAUAGUGAGCCAGCACAACUAUAGAGUGGCUGCUCUGCUUUUCACUGAUGGCAUUCUCAACUGGUUCCAAAAUAUCAUAGCUUUCAGUGUGCUUUCCUUGGUAACUCCCCUGACUUAUGCUGUGGCAAAUGCAAGCAAAAGAAUAUUUGUUAUUGCUGUUUCCCUUUUCAUAUUAGGAAACCCUGUGACAGGUGCCAAUGUUUUUGGCAUGUUACUUGCUAUUAUGGGCGUAUUGGGUUACAAUAAGGCCAAAUACGACCAGAAACAAGAAGAAAAGAAACAGACAGUUUUGCCAUACACUCACCAGAAUUGGCAGAAAAAUAGUUUUUUGCCCAAGAGGUCUGGUGUAUCUAAUGGAGUCAGUAAGGAAAGUUAUAGUGAUUACUCAAAUGGGUUAAAUAACAAUAAAUUUCCUUAUAUCCCACAAACAACAAAAGGAAAUCUACUAUUCAUUUAA